GAAUCGAGAAUCUAUACAGCGCCAGUGUGAAUCGAUAAUCGACUAAGCGGGCGAGGUGCCGCCGAAUUUGAAGGUGUUUGGCGGUGACGGCCGAGAGGUGCAAACGAUGACGACGCCGCCGACAACGCCGACGAGUUGGGACGCUCGCUACUCCCGGCUGCGCAAACGCCUGGACCAGCUGGGCUACGACCAGCACCUGGGCAGGGAGAGCCUGUCGCUGGCGGAGACCCUCUUCAGGGAUCUCGUGCGCACCACGGAGGCGCUGGGAGCGGAGCGCUUGGCGGCGCGCCGUGCCGAGGAGCAGCUGCAGCGCGAGAGGGAGGAGACGGUGAGACUCAAGGAGGAGUUGGAGAGAUGCCGGGAGGAGACGGAGAGACUCGUGGAGGAGCGGGAGAGACUCGUGGAGGAGCGGGAGAGAGAGGCAGAGGACACGGAGAGAUGUAGGGUGGAGCGGGAGAGAUGCAGGGAGGAGCGGGAGAGACUCUCGGAGGAGCGGGAGAGAGAGUCGGAGAGAAAGAGGCAGGACGACGAGGUGGUGGAGGAGAUGGAGCGGGAGAUGAACGUGCGGAGAGCCACCUCCGAUCGGCGUCACAAAGUGGGGAGCCUCGGGGACUCUGGAGGCUCCGAUGCGGCCCGCGUCGCCACCCUCCUGGAGAGCACUUGCACACGCAUCCGCGACCUGCAGGGGGAGCUGCAGCGCUUGAGGGCCGAGCUGAGACGGUCGGAGGGCCGAGCCGCUGACCUCGACUCGCAGGUGCGUUUCCUGACGGUGGCCAAAGAGGAGGCGUCGUCGCGCUGUGAGGCCGACCUCCGGCAGCGCACGGCGGAGCUGCGGCGAAGUGAAGCCUGCGCUCGUCAGCAGGCCGAGAAGCUCGCCGCUCACGUGGAGACUCUGAAGGGGGAGCUGCUGGAGUCCCAGGAGCAGAGGGAGACGCUUCGGCUGAGGAUGCAGGACUUUGUCACCGAAAUCUCGCACGUGGAAGGCAUGCUGGGCGUGCGGGAGGAAGAGCACUCCCACCUGCUGGCUUGUUACGGCGAUGCCACUUUUCCAGACUCGCUCCUGACCAACGUUUAGCCGUCGAAGGUCUCCGACGCGGCACGAAUUCGGCUCGCACCGCGUUAUGUCGUGCCAGACAUCGUCCCGCGGAGAAUUCACCGCGGUUCGUUUUAGUUGCCAUGGAGAAUUCACAGCAUUUCGUUUUGGUUGCCAUGGAGAAUUCACCGCGGUUCGUUUUGGUUGCCAUGGAGAAUUCACCGCGGUUCGUUUUGGUUGCCAUGGAGAAUUCACCGCGGUUCGUUUUGGUUGCCAUGGAGAAUUCACCGCAUUUCGUUUUGGUUGCCAUGGAGAAUUCACCGCGGUUUGUUUUGGUUGCCAUGGAGAAUUCACCGCGGUUCGUUUUGGUUGCCAUGGAUAAUUCACCGCGGUUUGUUUUGGUUGCCGUGGAGAAUUCACCGCGUUUCGUUUUGGUUGCCGUGGAGAAUUCACCGCGGUUUGUUUUGGUUGCCAUGGAGAAUUCACCGCGGUUCGUUUUGGUUGCCAUGGAUAAUUCACCGCGGUUCGUUUUGGUUGCCAUGGAGAAUUCACCGCGGUUCGUUUUGGUUGCCAUGGAGAAUUCACCGCGGUUCGUUUUGGUUGCCAUGGAGAAUUCACCGCGGUUCGUUUUGGUUGCCAUGGAGAAUUCACCGCAGUUUCGUUUCAGCCAGAGGAACCGCCUUGCAAGCGUUGCACAAACAUCAAAUUCCCGGUGGCCAUUGUGAACGAACCAACUAAGAACGGAACGUGAGCUUGAAGUGUCACCUCCUGAAGCCACUUCCUCAGAUUGGAGUCUUGAGAGCGGUCAUCAGUCUUCAUUGAGAGCCGGAUUCACGGUCUGGACCGGUGCUCUUCACCAAAGGCCACCAGCGGGGUCCCCCCCCCCAGUGGUCGCCCCCGCGGUUGCCUUGCGGUGAGGAGCACCGCUCUCGAUUGUGGCUCGGGACUUGGAACGUGAUUUAAGAUCGUGCGCUAUGUGGU